AGCCGUUGCUUUGGGCGUUCCAUACAUAAAUCGCCAUCGCGGCAUCGGGCCAAGCGCGAAAUUAUUGCGAGUUUGCUAGCCCCAACCACACCAACACCACCCGCUCCGCGUGGCCAUCUUCCUCCUCGUCUCCACUCUCCACUGCAAGAGCUAGACGAAUUAAUGCUGAGGCGUCUAGCUCUUCCCUCGCCGGCACUGGCCGCAUGCUAAGGCGAGAGUGGCCUUCUUCUCAUGACCAGUGCAUGGUUGGUCCGGGCGUACGUUCCCAUGUUGCUCCGUAGCAGAAUCUCGUCGGCGUCCAUGGAGAAGACGCGCCGUCACCGGGUGCUGGCUGUGCUGCUGCUGCUGGUGGUGGUGCUGGUCUCCGCUCUCCCUGAUCUCGGGAGCUGCCACAAAGAUGAUGCCGGACAAGGAGGAACUACGAACCCAGAGGAAGAUAUGGUCUCUGUCUCCGAAGCUAGCAGGACAACCCACCACGGUGACCGGACCAGGAAAUUCCUGCACGAGCAGCAGCAGCAGAACAGGUACUGGUCCGGGGAUUUCGGCGACAAGGUGUCGUCGUUGACAGACUCCAGCCAGUACCCUCCAGACAGUGGAGGCAGUUCUUCUCAAAGCCCAGCGUCGACGUUCAAGCCAGACCAGUGGCAGCCAUGGCUACCGUGGGCACCCAAGGCCCCGCCACCGAUGAGCGUUCCUCCAGCGCAGGCCCCGGCACCUUUCCCCGCGGGGGUGGUCUCAAACCCUGGGCACAGCAUCGCGCUGCCCCCGCAGCCGGCGGUGGUGGUGCCGGCCGACGCCGGCAGUAGGCCGGCGGUGGGUGCCGGCGUUCCGGCUGGAGGAGCGGGAGCGAGGCCGCGCUCUGGCGGUGUUGGCAGGCCUGUCUACGCCAUGGCUGCGGCCGGGGCCUCCCUCGCCGCGGCCGCGGCCGUGGCGCUCCUCGUCCUCUGCUACCGGUCCAGCAGCGUGGUCACCGUCAGGCCCUGGGCGACGGGGCUCAGCGGGCAGCUGCAGAAGGCGUUCGUCACGGGCGUGCCGUCGCUCAAGAGGUCGGAGCUCGAGGCCGCGUGCGAGGACUUCAGCAACGUCAUCGGCUCCCUGUCGGAUUACAUGGUGUAUAAGGGGACGCUGUCCACCGGCGUGGAGAUCGCCGUGGUGUCCACCACCAAGAACUCUGCCAAGGAGUGGUCCAAGCACUGCGAGUCACAAUUCAGGAAGAAGAUAACAAGCCUGUCCAGAGUGAACCACAAGAACUUCGUCAACCUGCUGGGCUACUGCCAGGAAGAGCAGCCGUUUACGAGGAUGAUGGUGUUCGAGUACGCUCCAAACGGCACGCUCUUCGAGCAUCUGCACGUCAGAGAAGACGGUUACCUGGACUGGCCCACUCGCCUGCGCGUGGCGGUCGGCGUCGCCUACUGCCUGGAGCACAUGCACCAGCUGAGCCCGCCGGAGAUCCUGCGGGCGCUGGACACGUCCACCAUCUGCCUCACCGACGACUUCGCGGCCAAGAUCUCCGACGUCUUCUUCUGCGACGAGCCCCGCCGGCAGGAGGGGAGCCUGUCCCUGUCGGCGCUGUCGGACCGGGAGAGCGUGGUGUACAGCUACGGGAUGGUGCUGCUGGAGACCAUGACCGGCCGGUUCACGGCGUCCGACGGCGGCCUGCUAGAGGCCUGGGCCGCGGCCUACCUGAGAGGGGAGCGGCAGCUCCGGGACGUGAUGGAUCCCGCCCUGCGGCGGUCCUUCCACGCCGCCACCGUGGACAGGCUGGACGGCGUCAUCAGGGGCUGCACCGACCGGGAGCCCAGGAGGCGGCUGACCAUAGCGGAGGUCGCCAAGCGCCUGAGGGAGAUCACUGCCAUGUCACCCGACGCGGCCACCCCCAAGGUUUCGCCGCUGUGGUGGGCGGAGCUGGAGAUCAUCUGCGCAGAGGUCAACUGAGGUCAACCUGAGACGGACGUGCCAAUGUUUGUCGUGAAAAGGCUGUUUCGUGGUAGAUACACAGGUUGCUUCUUUUUGAUAUUUUUAUUUUUUAGGUUUAUGUUGAAGUUUGUGUCCAUCUGUACAUAUGAACAAAAUGAAGUGUGCAACCAAGCUGAUUGUUUUAAAAUAUUAUUUUAAUAAUUAAUUAUUAAAAAGAAUUGCAAAAGUUGUACGAUUUCAA